UCUUGGCUGCAGUGUUUUUGUCUCUUGUCAGUGAACGCUCCUGGGCCGAGAAGGCUGAAAGGGUUUCAAGAGGGCAGGUGAGAGUUUAUGCGAGACUGGAGAAGCAGCCACAGCUCAGUCAUGGCUCAGGUGCUGCACAUGGACCCCGGCUUCCCAGGGAAACUCAACCCGCCUGCUCCUCCCUCCCAUGGGCUCCACACCAAAGAGCAGGAGCAGGCGCCCUACUCAGUGGAGACCCCCUACGGCUACCGUCUGGACCUAGACUUCCUCAAAUAUGUUAACGACAUAGAAAAGGGAAACACUAUCAAGAAGGUGUCUAUCCAGCGCCGGCCACGCUACGGUUCCCUGCCCCGCGGCUACGGCUACGCCGGCUCCUGGUGGACCUCCACCGAGUCCCUGUGCUCCAACACCAGCAUGGACAGCCGGCACUCCUCCUACUCCUACUGCGCCCCAGGGUACCACACAUCACACAGGCCCAACUUCUCCACAGCGCGGGUGGAGAAGACCCUUCUGGACGCUCGCAGGAAGCUGGAGGAGGAGAAAGAGGGACGGAGAUUCUCCAACCUGGGUAGCAUGAACAACAGCGUAGUGGGGUCCAACACCUCCCUCAGCAGCGCGCACAGUUUCAACAGGGCCCAGGGCGGAGGCGGUUCCUUUACUCCCCUGAGCUCCGGCCUGUCCACCCCGGUCACUCCAACCCCUGCCCACCUGCAGCACGUCAGGGAACAGAUGGCUGCAGCCCUCAGGAAGAUAAAAGAGCUGGAAGACCAGGUGAAAACUAUCCCCGUGCUGCAGGUUAAAAUUUCUGUGCUGCAGGAAGAGAAAAGGCAGCUCAGCGUCCAGUUGAAGAGCCAGAAGUUCCUCGGCCACACUCUGGGUUUCAGCAGAAACCGUCCCCGCGGGGAACUGUACAUCGACAUCCCUGAAGAGGAAGGGAGCGCUGAAGCUCGGGGCAGCUGCAAGACGGCAGGGCCGAUGUCUCCCACUACCCCCGAAGCCUCUAAGCAAGACUCGGGCUGUGAGAUUGAAGACACAGUGAUUGUGGGUGGAGCACGACCAGACGCAAAGAGGGAAGUGCGCACCAUCGCAGUGGGGCCGGAAGACUCGAGGGGCAGUUGUCACGUGGGUGUUUGGGUUCGGGAGCAAGAUCUGGGGCUGCUGCCUGAGACACAGGCCCUCAAAGAUCAAGUAGGUCAACUUGAGAGCAAGUUGAAGAGGACGGUACAGGAGCUUCAGGCUGCGCAGCAGCAGGCCGCAUCGGCCCAGAAGGCUCCUCAAGCCGAGCACUCGGUAAUAGCGACCAGCUUGGGCUGGCAGGAGCCGCAGGGCUGCAGUCUGCACACGCUGGUCAGCUUCACUCAGCAGCCGACGCAGAGGGAACAGAGGACUGUGGGGAUCCAGGUGUACACGCUGGAGAAGCCCACGGUGGUGGAGGUGGGGGCUCUGCUCCGAGCUGAGACCUGCAGCUCCCCCUCACCUCAGCCAACAGCUCGAGCCACGGAGGAACAGCGCUCAAGACAAACAGAAGAUGCUCCAGUUGAGUUGCCAAUAGCAGUGAGCUCCAAGCAGGUACGUGAUGUCCUCAAAAGUGGAUUGUCCACCUCGGUACCCGUCGUCAACCCUGCCAUCGCUGUAACAUCUGGGAAUCAGAUUGGGUUUGUCCAUUCCAAAGAAGAAGAGACAAACCUGCACAAAAACAAUGCGUCUAACCAGUCUCAGGAGGGCUUAUCUAAAGCAGCCUCAUCUCCCCAGUCUUCUCUGAGAUCAAUUAUGAAGCGGAAGGCAGACGGUGAACCAGGGUCUCCGUCGACGAAGAAAAACCUACAGUUUAUUGGAGUCAAUGGAGGCUAUGAGUCUACUUCGUCAGAUGAUAGUAGCAGUGAGAGCUCAGACGAGGCGAGUGACUCCAGCGAAUAUCACGAAGCCAGAGAAAGACUUCCCGAGGCUGCCGCCCAACACCAGCACGCGACGCUCAGCAACACUGCCCAGACACAAGACGGCCGCCUCAACGUACCUCAGCAACAACCAGCUAUCAUUCAUGGCCCGCUGCAGAAUCCCAACCAUCCUGGGAGGGUCGGUGCAAGACUUUCGGACAAAGUCCCUCAGUCAGCAGCAAUCGUUGUAGAAACAUGUGCCUCACAGACAUCAGCAUCAGAUUCCAGUCCAGCUCCUCCACGUCCAUCCAAGGAUUCUUCCUCACAAGACACUGCUGAGCAGCUAUCAGAAAAGCUCAUCCAGGAGAUCACAUCUUCUUCACUCAACACUGAAGCCAAUCUAGAGCACAAGCCUUUGCCCCCACGUCCGUCCUCAACGUGUGUCACUAAAACCACUGAAGCUACUAAGCUGCAAUACACUGUCCAGUCAGAACCGUCUCCCGCCUCCAGCCUGUCAGAGUCCAAUGCAGCAGCAGAGAGCACUUCAAAUGACGCUGGAACAGCACCCUCCAAACCAGUCAGACUGGAGCUGAGUGAAAGCCUGAUGUCAGCUCUGUACGCCCUGCAGAAAGCUCUGGGCGAACCCAACGCUUUCAGCCAACAAGGAGCGAGGGCGGCCUACACCACCGUGCUGCAGGAGUGGCUGCGCGUGUCGUGUCACAAAGCAGCCGACACAUCUGUCGUCAAGGCCUACAUGGACACGUUUGCCUCGCUCUCCCCUCGACUGCUGCAGUUUGUGAUCAACAUGGCAGAUGGCAACGGGAACACAGCGCUUCACUACACUGUGUCUCACUCCAACUUUCCUGUGGUGAAACUUCUGCUGGACACUGGCUUGUGUAACGCUGACAAGCAGAACAAGGCGGGAUACACAGCCAUCAUGCUGACGGCUCUGGCUGCUUUCCACUCUGACAGCGACCUGCAGACUGUCCUUCAGCUGCUCCGCACCGGCGACGUCAACGCCAAGGCCAGCCAGGCUGGUCAGACAGCGCUGAUGCUGGCGGUGAGUCACGGCCGAGGGGACAUGGUUCGGGCGCUGCUGUCCUGCGGGGCUCAAGUCAACAUCCGUGAUGAUGAUGGCUCCACUGCGCUCAUGUGUGCCUGCGAACACGGUCAUGUGGACAUCGUUCGUCAGUUACUGUCCGUCCCGGGCUGUGAUGCAACUCUCACUGAUAAUGAUGGCAGCACCGCUCUGUCCAUCGCCCUGGAGGCCAGUCAGAACGACAUCGCUGUACUGCUGUAUGCUCACCUGAACUUUGCAAAGCCUCCUUCCCCCGUUUCACCAAAGUCCCCUCUGUUGGGCUCCUCUCCCCCUGCUGUUGAACCAAAAUAAACCACAUUCCUGCAGCUCACAGCAGCUACUCCACUGCUCCACAGACGUUUCUUCAUCCAUGUCAUUUAGAAAAUCAUUGAGUUUGUCUCUUUUGUUUUCUCCCUGAAUAAUCUAUACAUUAUAAUGUGCAGAUAAUUACAUGACAGCCUGCAUCACUGUCAUCUGUUGGGAUUUUGUACACUGUUGUCUUUUUGUAACCUUAGUGGUGGUUGAAAGUAUGUAGUAAGUAUGACAAAGUUAACAUUUAGCAGUCGUGUAAUCAUCAGUCUGGCAUUGGACAGUUAAGUUAUUUGUUCUUUUUGUAGUGGCACUUAUAAGUCAAAUCUGUUUACCAAAUUUCAUCAUACUUGGCCACUUGUUAUAAACUUGUUGCUGUAGUCCAAAUCCUUUUCAUAUUUUUAAUAGGUCAGUUUUUUUUCCUUAGUCUGAUUAUAUAUACAGCAGCUGUUACACAGGAGCAUCGUUAUGUGUGACCAUCACUGCCAUUUGGAAUAACAAGAGCCUCUCCUACCGUAGAUAAGUGUCCUUGCAUCAACUUUCUCAGUGGUGCUACUCAGUAAUAACACAAGAAACCACCUCAGCAGUAUUUCAAUAUUUAUACACAAGAUUUAAUAACACCAGAGUAUUUUUAUAUUGAUUUUUUUUUUUAAUUCCGACUUAAUUCAGGACCUCCGAAGAUCAUGAUUUAAUAUCCCAGGCAGCAGCUAACUCAUCACAGGAAGACAGCCAUCAUUUCUUUGUGUUCAACACGUUCCACUAAAAGAUCUAACGACACAAAUGCACGUCUCGCACCAACGCGCCAGACGUCACUGUCAUUGUCAAAAGCCAGCAGAGCUAUGGUCUUUGUAUUUUUAUACAUGAAGGUAUUGUGGAUGGUGAUAAGGGCAGAUUAGAGAGUAGAGUGUACCUCUGUAUGUAACGUGUGCUAAUAAGAUGUAACAAGACUUGGUUGAUAAAUGACUAAAAGCGCCAUGGGCGCUGUGAAGCUGGUAAGAUUUGUCAGGGGAGCAGAAAGUGAGUGAUUUGGGUCGUGCAUGUCACGUGUAAUAUAUGAAUAUUAAAAUAAUAUAUGUCAAUGCAAACUCAUAAUUAUGACAUCUAAAAUCUUAACUCCUUGAGCAAAAGUGCAUAGGAUGUCGAAAUUUCUAUUACUUUUUAAAUAUUUUGUCAAAGAAUUUCAUAUUAACUUUUCAGUGAUUGAAUUUUUAUAAACUGAAUUUUUUUUUAAUUUAAGUAUCUAUCUUUUAUACAUUUAGGAUUUUUAAGCUCACACCUAUUUUAUGUAAUCACACAGCUCUGAAGUUUGUUUUCUGGUGUUUUAUGUAAAAUUCUUGACUUUGUCUCUUUAGAUUUGUGCAUUUUGGAAAACAGUUAAUAAAUGUGGACCACGUGUGUCUCUUGCA